AGGUUUUUAUUUACUUAUAUUGAUGCAUAUUGCACAUCCAAUGAUACAUUCCGAAUGCUCGAUUUUUUCUAUAUUUGACCUAGACUAUAUGUAAAUAAGUAACGUUUUUGAACACGUUAGGACUGACCUCACUCAAUCUCGCCACCUACGCAACAAGCACGUACAAACAACCAUACAAUGCUCUUAUUCCAACAGACUUCCUUACGACUCUUGGAAUUUAUCAUUUUUAUUGGAAGCGGUUAGGAUCAACUAAAUCUGGUUGUAGCGUAGCAUGAAGGCGAUACGAGCUAGAUAAACCCUGUUCAAACAAAUGAAGUUAUUUAAUUUUUUGGCAUUUUAAAUCUAUUCCCAGAUUUUGGAUUAAGAUCGGUCAGUUUCGUAACUGAUAGCACAUUGUUUUAUUUACAAUGGGUACCUAUACCUAUAAAUUAAAUAUUAUUCUUGUUAUAGAUAAAUGAAGAUUCAGUGUCACUUAGUUAAUAGUAUCUAAUCAUUAAAAUGUAAAUGUAAUAGAUACUUUGAAAGGUAUCGUCGUGUUGUAUAGCGAUGAAGUACAAAUGAUUUGUUAUGAUCAAACUGCGCCAUUUGUCAACAACGGGCGUCACGCUAAUAUAUCGAAACUGUUCAACGAACAAUAAUACGAACAAGACGAACCAGCAACGAAACGUAAUCUAACACAUGUUCAUCCGCACACACACGCACGCUGACAGACUCGCCACUGUAACCGUACGAUGACCGCGGCAAGUAUAAACAUGCUAUGAACACGUGCAAAAGAUAUUUAUGUUCGACUCCCUCGCACUUUAUUACUUUACGCAUAGUGCGAAAGAGACGGCUAAUAUCGGGAUGUCUACUGGUUACUGCAACGCGCUUAAGCGACGUCACAUCGCAGGACCGCGUGUUCGGUUGGAACGACCGAACGACGGGUAGACGCCAUUUUGAAGCCAGUGUAGCGUUCGUGCGAACUAGGAACGACGCGCGUCGCGUUGCAAGUUAAUAAAUAAGGUGUAAUUAUGGCUACAGCAACAAUAGAUGAGUGGACUGAAGAAAAGUGUUUACAACUUAUACGAGAGUUCAGGACCAGACCGAUUCUAUGGGACCAAAAAGAUCCGUUCUACUUUAAAAAGAACAUGAAACCUAAAGCAUGGCAAGAGAUAAGUGACAAAAUAAACAUUUCUCCGGAUAAAUGUAAACACAAAAUGAUUAUUUUAAUGUCAUCCUUUAGAAGAGAAAAAGCCAAAAUUAUGCACAGUAUUGCAGAUUGUGCAGAUGCUUCUCAAGCCUACAAAAGUACAUGGUUUGCGUUUAAAGACAUGGCCUUUUUGAUGGAUAAAGACAAUGAAAGAAAACGACAAUUAAAACAAGGCACUGGCAGCACUGGUGGCACUGAUGAAGACGAAGAUGAUGAUUGGAUUGUUUCUAGCUUUCAUAACAAAUUGCUGAGAAAUCACAUGGGCAGACCUAAUCCAAUGAGGAACUCAAUGACGUACAAACAGGAAAUGUAUCAAAAAGUGUUAGACUUAGUUCAGGACGAAGAUCACACGCCCACCCUGCACCCUGCACCAGGCCCUAGUCAAACCGUAGAAGAACGAGACGACGAGAUCAAAUCGUUCCUCACAUUCAUAGGAAAUAAAAUGAAAAGAUACACAGACGACACUAAAAACGCCGUCCAAAGAGCAAUUUGUGAAGUUAUUUUUAAGGCUGAUCAAAAUUACUAUAAUUCAAAUUGUACGCAAAAGUACGCUAUUAUAGACACUGAGUCAGAUCCUUUGCACAAAGAAUUAUAUGAAAUGCAAACCGAAGCAGUGAUAAAAGUACAAAAUGAUUCCGAUGAGGAUGACAUUAGUAAUUAGUUUUAAAAAUUGCCAUAUUCCUAAAGUCUGUAAUAGGUUAAUUAAUGCCUACUGUCCAGGACUCGUCAGUUGAGGAAUGCAUGCAUUCGUAAAUAGGCGGCCUACAAAUGACAAAUUCUUGCACCUUGCUUCGAAACAAUGUAACCUGUCCACAAAGUGACAACCGCCUAUAGUCAAUUGACGAAUGCAAACAUUCGUCAACUGACGCAUCGUGGACAGUAAUCCUUAGUUUUGAUACGUGAUUGAUAUUUGAUAUAAGUACUGUGAAUAAAGUACAUCAUUAUUUUUGGUA